AUGUUUGGAUUGUAUCUUCUAGAUGUUUACGUGACUAAACUGAUAUUGAACAAAGAGGUGUAUGUCGACACAGGUGGAUCACCGCUUAUCGUGAAAGUUGUCUUCAUUAAUUUUCCAGCGAUGACGGUUGUCGAGCGAAAACGACAUCGUAGAGAUGACGACAUCUUUAUCUACGAAUUCAAGAACGGCCAAUCCUGUCAUUUUUCAAUGAUAUGCGAAGAGUUAGUUAAAAAAAUGAAGAAAGUCCCGAUAAAUAUAGGCGUUUUCAGAGAGGACGACGAGUAUCCUAUCUGUUAUGUUCGUACGCAUCUCACCGGUUGCGCUUGUGACUUGGGUGAGCUGAAGGUGGACAGACCAAAAUCCUUUACAUUUAGAGGACCUUUCGAUCUAGUAGAUAAUGGCAAUAGUUUUGCAGGACAACUAAGCAUUGACAUUACGAUUACAAGUAUGGGAAGGUGCAUGAUGAGAUACUACGCUCUAGCGCCCAAUUGCUUUCUCUUCAAAACCGGUCCCGAGGAAAACGAGUACAAAUGCAAUUUCAAAGAAACAUCGAGAAUAGCUGAUGAACUGUUGUACGGAUCUUUUGGAGAUAACGUAGGAAAAGUUAGGGAACUCUCGGUGAAUCUAGACACCGAUUCACCAGGGAGUCUGGUCACAGAUAUCGUUGGAAUCACUCCAGCUGCUGGACAUCUUGCGAAUGGAAGUCCUCCACCUCAACCGCCUCGAGAACCCUUAGUGGAUCCACGAUUGGUGCGGAAAAGAAGAAGAAAAGGCAGGAAAAAAGGAAAAAAGUAAUGAAA